UUUUUUUAUAUAAAAAAGGGAGUGCUAAAGGAGUCAUUCAGAAGUGAGUGAAGGGGCAAAAAAGCUCAUUUCUUUCAUUCAGGAAUGGACACUGGACCAGAAUGAAAUGUGGGAAUAUCGGGAUUGGCAGAUUUGUUAUAUUGAAAUAAGCCUCAACUCAACACGACUAGUGAAUUCAAAUUAUAGUCACUUGCGGAUUUCUUAAAAUUGUUGUAGUGUAGUGUAGUAUUGUGGUUUUUCAGUAAAGACCCCGACCUAUAAAUAUUCACAGCCCGGCUCAUACGGGCGGACAAUAUUCACCCAGAGCCCCGUUGCGACCGCAAUGCUGUUCUUGAAGGACCUUACCUUAGAGUAGAGCAAAAAAAGGGAAUAGAAGUUAGGAAGACUACUGACGUAGGGCGGCGGGUGAGCUCAACCUCGAACCAAACAAGCAACGGAUUGAGCAACUAGCGCUAGGCGCAUCCUCUUGCUCCUUAACGACCGAGGGAUGAAAUCUUUCGACGACUAGGGAGGCCCGAGACCGAUUCCUGUGGAUCACUAUAGAAUCUUCUGGAAGCAAGCUAGGCUACCUUCUGGCUAGCUCUGCCAUCUUAGAAAAAUUCCUUCGCGCUUAGCUUAGUAAGCUAGCUUGGUAAGCUAAGCAAGCCUGGUUCUCCGGGCACUAUGGUAGGACGUGGAUCGAUCAUGACGAGAAUGGACUUCUCCGUCAUGUAAUGGUUUAGAAGAGUCACGGUCCAGUUCCCCGCCGGGCUUUUUCCCUUCUCGACUAGACGAAGGAGAUAUUCAUUCCAUUCAGGCAGGUGAGGAAGGGCGGCGUCGGCUUGACCCUGUCUUCUCUGGGUCGGAGGCUAAGUUUAUCAUUCAGUGGUGAGGUGUUCAUAGAAAGCAAGGCCUCGCCCAACGCAACGAGUGGCGGAUUUGGUUUGGAUGGGGUCUCGUCUCGCUUGGACGCUGGGGAGAUCUGGAUAGAGUCUUUCUCGCUCAGUAAAGAAGAGUACGCGCGCUACGGCUUACGCAGUGGAUCUUCGGGCAACCGGCACAUCCAAUUCCGAUCAACAACUUGGAUGGAGGUAUGGCUGAGUGGCUUAAGGCAUUGGUUUGCUAAAUCGACAUACAAGAAGAUUGUAUCAUGGGUUCGAAUCCCAUUUCCUCCGGUUGAACGGGCGGGCGAAAUUACGUGAGAGAAAGAACCUCAGAUUGAUGGAGUCCGCCGUCGGACAGAAUAGCACUACUUAGUGACUAGGAGCGGAGCGCCCCUUUCUUGUUCUUGGUGGCGUCUAUAGCGAAGAAGACCUUCCCGAACGAGGGCCGUCCAGUCCCUGGGCGGCUCUCGGUUCUUGAGCAAGCUCCUCCACUGCGGGUAGGAUGCUCAUAGAUGAAGAAAAGAGACUUUAGGCAAGUGGUUCUGGUAGCUCAGCUGGUUAGAGCAAAGGACUUAAAAUCCUUUUUUGCUUGUUUCAGUGGGAAGAGCAAGGGGCAUUGCCCUUGAAAUCCUUCAGUGGUUCGAAUCCACAUCUGAGCGUCUUUUUUUUUCGGUAUGCCGCUCCGCGAGCAAGGAGCGCCGCGAGGAGAGCGAGAGAACGAAGUGGGCUUUGGUGAUGUCGGAAUUUGCACCUAUUUGUAUCUAUUUAGUGAUCAGUCCGCUAGUUUCUUUGAUUCCACUCGGUGUUCCUUUUCCAUUUGCUUCCAAUAGUUCGACCUAUCCAGAAAAAUUGUCGGCCUACGAAUGUGGUUCCGAUCCCUCCGGUGAUGCCAGAAGUCGUUUCGAUAUACGAUUUUAUCCGGUUCCUAUUUUAUUUAUUAUCCCUGACCCGGAAGUCACCUUUUCUUUUCCUUGGGCAGUACCUCCUAACAAGAUUGAUCUGUUUGGAUCUUGGUCCAUGAUGGCCUUUUUAUUGAUUUUGACGAUUGGAUCUCUCUAUGAAUGGAAAAGGGGUGCUUCGGAUCGGGAGUAACCACUAGUGAAAGGGCUAAGGGGGGAAGGACAUAGGAAAGAGGGAUGCCUACAAAAAAUCAAUUGAUUCGUCAUGGUAGAGAAGAAAAACGGCGCACGGACCGUACUCGAGCUUCGGAUCAAUGUCCCCAGAAGCAAGGAGUAUGCCUGCGUGUUUCGACGAGAACACCGAAAAAACCUAAUUCAGCUCUACGUAAGAUAGCAAAAGUACGGUUGAGCAAUCGACAUGAUAUAUUUGCUCACAUUCCAGGCGAAGGUCAUAAUUCGCAGGAACAUUCUAUAGUCUUAGUCAGAGGGGGUAGAGUGAAAGAUUCGCCAGGUGUGAAAUCCCAUCGUAUUCGAGGAGUAAAGGAUUUGCUGGGAAUUCCGGAUCGUAGAAAGGGAAGAUCUAAAUAUGGCGCAGAAAGACCAAAAUCUAAAUGAAUGGAAGAUGCCUCU